UAUUGACAUUGACUCGAUGGAAUUGUCCCUUCCUUCUCUCUCUUGUUACGUUACUUUAACUAAGUUUUUCUACGGUAAAAACACGAAAGGAAAGGGUUACUGAAUAGAAAGUAGGUACCUUCCUGUCUCGGUAUAUACGGCAUGGGAAAACGUUUUUUGAAUAUUUGUCAGAAAUGAACGAAAAUGGCAAUAAAAGGACAUGUCAAAUAUAAAAGUUACUCAUAAUCGGUGACCAAUCGGUCCAGUCCUGACUAGACUAGCGCGCAGACAGUAGGUCAGGACUAAGCAUGGGGCUGGAAGGAGGCCGACGCGAGGCACUAAUAGUGUGCGGCUUGUGCGCCGCCUGGUACGCAGUGAGCUCUGCCUCCAAUGUGGUGGGCAAGCUGGUGCUGACGGAUUUCCCGUUCCCGGUGACGGUGAGCAUGGUGCAGCUGCUGUCCAUCGUGCUGUACUCGGCGCCAGCAUUCCGCGCGGCGGGCGUGCGGCGUGCCCCGGAAUUCCCGCGCCGCUACUUCUGGCGCGUGCUGGUGCCCCUCGCCUUUGCCAAAUUCUUUACAACCAUGUUCUCUCAGAUUUCAAUUUGGAAAGUGCCUAUAUCAUAUGCUCACACAGUGAAAGCAACCACGCCGCUGUGGACGGCGGGGCUGGCGUACGUGCUGUUCGGCGAGCGACAGCCGCGCGGCGUGGCGGGCGCGCUGCUGCUGAUCGCGGGCGGCGUGGCGGUCGCGUCCGCCACCGAGCUGCACUUCGACGCGGCCGGGCUCGGCGCCGCGCUGGCCGCCGCCGCGCUGCUCUCGCUGCAGCACCUCUACUCCAAGCGCGUCAUGCGCGACACCGGCGUGCACCACCUGCGGCUGCUGCAGCUGCUGGGCGGGCUGGCCACGCUGCUGUUCGCGCCGGUGUGGGCGUGGCGCGACGGGGCCACCCUGUGGCGCGAGGCGGGCUGGCUGCGCGACUGGGAGCGCACGGCGCCGCUGCUGGCGCUGGACGGGCUGCUGGCGUGGCUGCAGGCGGUGUGCGCCUUCAGCGUGCUGUGGCGGGUGUCGCCGCUGGCGUACGCGGUGGCGUCGGCGGCCAAGCGCGCGGCCGUGGUGGGCGCGUCGCUGCUGGUGCUGCGCAACCCCGCGUCGGCCGCCAACGUGGCGGGCAUGGCGCUGGCGGCGGCCGGCGUGCUGCUCUACAACCGCGCCAAGCUGCGCGCCCGGGAGCGGGCGCCGCCGCCGCUGCUGCCUGUCUGACUUCUAAUAACUAACUUGCCGUAUUGUUUCAUCUUUCAUGCUAGCCAGUGCAAUAAAAUCUUUAUUGUAUGAGUUAUGUAGAAAUAUUAAAUUUAAAAAAAAUAGCCUAGCUGCCACCGAAUUAAUUAUUUUUCUAGAAUCUUACUUCUGGGUAAACUGACGAAUGUGAUUUGUAAUCUAAUACAAUUUAGUACUAACAUAAAACAUACUCGUUACAGCGAUUUUUCAACGCGCCGAACUGAAAAAAAUUAACAAACGGCUUUAGUUAAAGAAUUUAUUAUUAAAUAGUGAAAUAUUUACAUGUGUAAGUAGAAAAAUGUGAACAUAGUUCAAGUGUAAAAUGUCAAUUAUUUAACGGAAACACAGAUAAUUAACCCACGUUUUAUUUAUGUUUUGUUGUUACUACAUGAACAUAAGGUAAAUGAGCCGACUAUCACUCGACACAAAAGUGGUAGUGCACGUUAAUAAAUAUUCAGAGCCUAAAAAUAAUAAUGUAUUUAAGAAGGAAGUCUUAUAUUUUUAUAUACUUUGGGUAGCAAGGACAACUCUCUAUAGAGUACCAACAGUAUAUUAGAGGUUUUGCUUGCUCAAUGCUUUGAAAGCUUUUUAAACUGAAUGUCAGCAGACAACAUUUGAAGAUUAAGCUAAAAAUUACCAUUAUUAAUUUAUGCCUAACAUUCGAGAUAUAUUGAGAUUAUUAUUUUUUUUACCUCAAAAAUAUGCGUAGGUAGAAAAUAUGUUACUGUACGUUGUGUUUAUGUAAAUAAGUAGAAUUCGUAUAAUUAUAAUGUACAGACAAUAUGAUUCAUAACAGUAUUUAAAAAAAUUGAAAAGUAUUUUAUACUUUGUUUUAUAACGGAAUUAAAAUUGUACUUAUAUUUUGUUUUA